AUGUUCAACCGCCCCGGAAUUGCCUCCAUGUCCCUGGGCAGGCCAUGGAUCCACGACCUGCCUGGCAAGUUGAUGCAGGCUGCUGCACACGGCUUCGAGGGUAUCGAGCUUUUCUUUGACGAUCUGGCUUGCUAUGCGCAGCGCACGUUUAAUGGCGACCACAUGGAGGCGGCCCGCCAAACGCGGCGCCUGUGUGAGCGGCUCGGGAUGACCAUCAUCUGCCUGCAGCCCUUUUCCAUGUACGAGGGCCUGAUCGAUCGGGCAGAAUCUGACCGUCUUGUGAAUGAGAAGCUGCCGAAGUGGUUCACUCUGGCGCGGGCGCUGGGAACCGACAUGAUCCAAGUGCCUUCCAACUUCCUGGGCCCCGAUCCCACGACCGGCGCCGCGCGGACAACGGGCGACCACGCUGUGAUCGUGCGUGACCUGCAGCGCCUGGCUGAUUUGGGUGCCGGGGCUGGUUUCCGUUUCGUCUACGAGGCCCUCUGCUGGGGCGAUCACGUCAACACCUGGGAGGCUUCGUGGGAGGUUGUCCGCGAUGUCGACCGCCCUAAUUUCGGCCUGUGCCUGGACUCCUUUAACAUCGCCGGCCGUGUAUAUGCCGACCCUACCUCACCUGAUGGCAAGACGCCGAAUGCCGCCGCAGACCUGGCUGCUUCCCUCCAGCGCCUGCGUACAGCCAACAUCGACCCUGCCAAGAUCUUCUACGUCCAGCUCGUCGAUGGCGAGCGCCUCACUGCCCCUCUGAAUGAGGACCACCCCUUCCACGUCGCCGGCCAGCCUGUCCGCAUGAACUGGUCCCGCAACGCUCGCCUUUUCCCCUUCGAGGAGAACCGUGGCGGUUAUCUGCCCAUCCUGGACGUCGCGCGUGUAUUUUUCGAUGACCUUGGCUUCCGCGGCUGGGUGUCUCUUGAGCUCUUUAGCCGCACCCUAGCUGACCCUGAUCCCUUCACCCCGGCUGAGCAUGCCCGCCGUGCUAUCGAGUCUUAUUACAAGAUGGGUCGCGCCUUGCGAUGGGAUGGCCAGGUCGAGAAGAACAUGGUCUCUAUCCCAGAGCCCACUCCUGAACCUGUGCAGCACCGGCUGUAA